AUGUACAUCACCCUUUACUACCUAGUCACCCGCCUCCCUGACUCUCUUUCUUCAGUCAGGGACCACUUUCUCUCCCUUUGCCCCACCGAGCUGACUGUCGACUUGCUAGAGGAGCGCCUUGCUGCAGCUGAGAAGAGUAUCUUAGCUGUUGGUGCUUCUCGCGGUGACCGUCGCACCCCCUUCUUUGAGGGGUGUUCCCCUGUCCCCCUUCUCCCCUCUGUUGCCUCUGCUGCUGCUGUCGACCUCGUUGGCACUGAGGAGGUCGGCGCUGCGUCUGCCCCUAGUGGGCGACGCCGCACUGGCAAGGGCAAGGGAAGCAGGGGUGGUGGUGGGGGCGGUGGAGGCAGCGGUGGAGGAGGUGGAGGAGGUGGAGGUGGUGGUGGGGGUGGUUCCGGGAGUGGGGGCGUCGGUGGCGGCAGUGGCGGCCGUGGCGGCGGUGGUGGAGGAGGUGGCGGCGGCGGCGGCGGUGGUGGAGGUAGCGGAGGAGGUGGUGCUGGUCGCGGUGCGGCCACGCAGCGUGGAGGCCUUGGUGGCAGCCAGCGUCCGCAGCAGCUGCGCACCCGUGAGACCCCGUCUGUUCAGCAGCCUCGUGAGUGGUACGCUGGACGUGGGAGGUCUGGGGGUGCAGGUCCCUGCGCGUACGUUCUUCGCACCGGCACUCGUAGUGGGGAGGUGUGUGGUCUCCCACACACCACGCAGCGCUGCUUUGGCCGCUUGACUGAUGCUUGGCGUACCCAGUUUCCUGACGCUGUUGAUCUUCCUCGUUGGCAUGAUCUGCUUCUGCAGAAUGUGCCUAUCUUUGAUCUAGAUUUUGAUGCUAUCCUUGCUGCCAUGUAUGCUCUUGCUGAUAUUACUGAGGGUGACUGUUACCUGCGUGUCCCGCCCGACCCGGGCACUGUGGCUGCUGCUCUAGGUGCUAGUGCGUCUGCUACUCCAGGUGCUGGUACGUCUCCUCCCUCUGGUACUGCACCUACUGAGUCCUUUCACACCUUCACACGAGACUCUGGUGCUUCGCGCUCUUUCUUUAGAGACAGCACCACGCUCACGCCGCUCCGUCGGCCUGUUGCGGUCUCCCUUGCUGACCCCUCCGGGGGACCAGUCCUUGCACACUCCUCCACGGUUCUACCGUGUCCUGCGGCCCCGUCGGGCUUGCUGUCGGGACUCCACCUCCCCUCGUUCUCUACGAACUUGGUGAGUGGAGCUGACCUCCAGGACGCGUGGGUUGACCAGUUCACCCCUGGAGGUCAGCGUGUGACCCACUGCACUUGCUCUCGGAUGGGCCGCCACCUGGCCACGUUCACCCGUCGGCCAGGGUCGAGUCUGUACACACUGACUACUGCGCCUCCUCCGGUCCCUGCGUCUGGUCAGGUAGCUGCGUCUAGUCAGGUGUUUGCUGCCGCGUCCAGGUCUAGUCCUGCGUCUGCCCCCUGCUCGUGUCGUCCUCUGGCGCACGAGACUCUCCUCUGGCACCACCGCCUUGGUCACCCCUCCCUGCCUCGUCUUCGAGGGCCGGCAGCGCGCCGCUCCUCACUCCUCCUCGUUUCCUCCGACUGA